AGCCCUCGCAAGCCCAGCGCGCAGGCGCUCUGGCGGAAGGCGGUGCGGGCGGAAGCCGGAGGGCCGGCGGGGUCCGUGAGCAGCAGGAGUCUUUCCUGCGUUGAGGUGUCAGACAACCACUGUCUGAUUCCACACUUAGAAGCUGCCGUCCCUUGAAGUUGGCUGAACUCCCAAGCUGCAGAGAGGUGAUAACACCUUGAAUGUUGACAUUUUUCUGUGAUCAAGGGAGUAGUUGGGAGAUGAAGGCCGUGUGCCUUUGAAAGCACUGAGUGGACAUUUUUGGAAGUGGCUGGGGCCUGUUCUUCCCUUGUGGCCCAAGUGAAGAAGAGCUAUGAAAGAGUGGCACUCGAUGACCAUUGCGGUCCUCAUCGGACUAACAGUCCGGUGGACUGUCUCUCUGAAUUCGUACUCAGGUGCUGGAAAACCUCCCAUGUUUGGAGAUUACGAAGCCCAGAGACACUGGCAAGAAAUUACUUUGAAUUUACCGGUCAAGGAGUGGUACUUCAAUAGCAGUGAUAACAAUUUACAGUACUGGGGUCUAGACUAUCCACCUCUCACAGCCUACCACAGUCUUUUAUGUGCCUAUGUGGCAGAGUUUGUCAAUCCAGACUGGGUCGCUCUCCACACAUCCCGGGGUUAUGAGAGUGAUCAGCACAAGUUAUUCAUGCGUUCAACAGUUUUUAUUGCCGAUUUGGUGAUUUACAUACCUGCCGUUGUUUUGUACUGUUGUUAUCUGAAAGAAACUUCACCCAGAAAGAAGAUUGCGAGUGCCUUUUGCAUAUUGCUGUAUCCAGGUCUUCUUCUGAUUGACUAUGGACAUUUUCAAUAUAAUUGUGUGAGUCUCGGCUUGACUUUGUGGGCUGUUCUUGGCCUGUCUUAUGACUGGGACAUCCUAGGGUCUUUGGCAUUUUGCCUGGCCUUAAAUUACAAACAGAUGGAACUUUACCAUUCUUUGCCAUUCUUUUGCUUUUUGCUAGGCAGAUGUUUGAAGAAGGGCCUGAAAGGAAAGGGGUUGUUGCUGCUCGUUAAACUCAUCUGCUGUGCCGUGGUCGCUGCCUUUGCUGUCUGCUGGCUGCCUUUUUUUACGCAAGUGGAACAGACCGUGCAAGUGCUAAGAAGACUCUUCCCAGUUGGCCGGGGACUCUUUGAGGACAAAGUAGCCAAUUUUUGGUGCAGUGUCAAUGUCCUUCUGAAGAUAAAGGACCUUCUUUCACCUCACACCCAGCUGAUGUUCAGCUUUGCAUUGACGUUCCUGAGCCUGCUUCCUGCGUGUAUAAAACUCACCCUUCAGCCCAGUCUCAGAGGCUUCAAAUAUGCUCUGGUUAGCUGUGCUUUGUCAUUCUUCUUGUUCUCCUUCCAAGUACAUGAAAAAUCCAUCCUUUUGGUCUCCUUGCCAGUCUGCUUAAUUCUGAACGAAGUUCCUUUUCUGUCAGUAUGGUUUUUACUUGUGUCAACAUUCAGCAUGCUUCCUCUUCUUCUCAAGGACCAGCUAGCGCUGGCCUCCGUUGGAACUACACUGGGCUUUUGGGUGGCCUGUGCAUCUUCCUUUUCGAUAUUUGAAAACAUUUCUGAAGAAGAACUGCAAUUAAAGUCCUUUUCUGUGUCUGUCCAGAGGCACAUCCCUGGUUUCAAGGUUCCUGCUAAGAUGCUAAAAACUUGGUUUCUAGAGUCUGUGACGAUGAUGAGCCUUCUGACCCUCGUGAGCAUUACUGUGGAGCCUCCACAGGUGCCCGACCUCUUUCCUGUGCUGGUGUGUCUUGUUUCCUGUGUGCACUUUCUCCUUUUCUUGGUCUACUUCAAUAUUAUAAUUCUAUGGGAUCAUAGAAAUGGAAGAAACCAGAAGAAAAUCAACUAAUUGUCCUCAAAAAAGCAGCAGAGCCAGAUAAUUUUCAAAAUGUGACUGUUGCUGAAAUUUCAUAAACUUGUGCUGUCCAAAAGUGAAAUUCUGUUGAGAAUUGUGUAUUUUAAAGCAGAGGGGCUGGGGAGCACGAGAGGCAUCAUGGCGGGGUGGGGAAGGGCUGAAAUCAGGAAGCCAUAUCCGCCAUGGACUUUGGCCAAGGGACCCGGGCACAUCAGCAGGGCUGGUGUUUCCACAACUAGAGUUCCUUACUCCAGUGAAGUCACAAGCUUGGACCCCACGCCCUCCAUACACGGACCAAAGUACAAUUGAGGUUCUUUCUAGUUAUGCUUUAGCUGUGGCAAGGUAGGAUCUCAUAAAUAUUGAUAGUGAGAAAGGGGAAUAUGUGUUUCUUGAUGACUCUGUAAGGGAUGUUUCCUAAAUUAUUAUGCUUUGGGGUUGGUUGUAUAUGUCUUGGAGUUUGAUGAGAUGAUGUGCCCUUCUCUUUUUCAAGAGGGCACUCUCAGGAUACUGAAAUUCAGAUGAAGACUUGCUUUAGGAGUUGUGGCUAUCCCAAAAGAGCAUACAUGGACUUUUCUACCAAUUUAGUUGGGUUCAUCAAGUUAGAAUCGUUUUUAAACAGUCUUCAAAGAUCAAACAUCGGGUGAUUUAAAAAAAAUUUAGACAAUAUAAAAUUGUUUGAAAUUUGAUGAUUCCUAAGAACAUUCUUUCAUUUGGACAUAUGUGUAAUGGGCACAUAUAAGGCUGAAAGACAACUACCUAGAGUGCUAAUUUACUUUAUGCAACUAGAAAUUAAUUCUUCCCAAUUUAGAUCCAAGCUCUACGGUUCUUGCCUCUUGUACGUGGUCUCCCCCCUCGGGGGGGGAGUUUAUGUAAGUGGUCAUCCGCAGUCUUUCAUGCCUCUGGAGCCUCUUCUCAUGUGACACAGUGAAGCCUGCCAAGGCCGCUCCAGCAAUAACUGCGCCUCAGUAUCAGACUUCAUGUUAACAUGACCCUUAAUAAGGUAGAAUGAGGCUCCAUUUGCCAAAGCCCAUUCCCAGCAAGGAAUCUCAGUGUGAAUGUCACAUCUCCAUGUCUUAACCUCUGCCAUAGUUUCCUGUUGUACCUUGUGAUAAAAAAAAUAAAGCAAAUCAUGUCAUUGGCAAUAUUUUUUU